AUGCCGAUCGAUCAAGAAAAAUUAGCUAAGUUACAAGCCCUAACUAACAAGAACAAAGUUGGUGGUGCCAGAAGAAAGGCUGGUUCAAAGACCGCUGGUUCUGCCACUGCCGUUGCCAGAGAUGAUUCCAAACUUUAUUCUACUAUUGCCAAACUAAAUGGUGUUACUGUUGACAAUGUUGCAGAAGCCAAUUUUUUCCAUGAAGAUGGUAGCGUUUUGCAUUUCAACAAAGUUGGUUUACAAAUGGCUAAGGAUUAUAACACCAGUGUCGUAUAUGGUCUUCCAGAAAAGAAAAAGCUUGACGAAAUGUUCCCUCAAAUUCUUCCACAAUUAGGUGCUGAAGCUUAUCAAGCUUUGGCUCAAUUGGAGGCUCAACUAAAGGAAUUCGAUGAAAAGAAAAAGGUUGACGAAGGUGCCAAGGUGGAAGAUGCUAACUAG